GACGCUUUGCGCUUGUCUGCACAGCUGAAAACUGCAGGCAUUCCAGUCGUAGCUUUUUCUUUCUGGCUCGAGAGCAUCUCCCCGCGUGUGCGGGACAGCGCCAUAUCCAAGGCGAUGGCUCUUAAUCGACGACCGGACGAUUGGGCAGAGGUUCCUGCGUCGGCUCCUGAGGCGUACUGGAUCGACAAGCAUCGAGAACUCGACCUGGCGCAGUUCGGCCGGCGAAACAGGAGCCUCUGUGCUCUCCGUCACUCCGCCAUGGCACCAAAGGCGCGGCUGCCCGAUGCGGCCACCGCCUUUCAAGACACGAAUCGCGCCCUGAAGAUCCGGAAGCAUUGGCUGCACUUGAUCUUGACCGGAGAGAAAGUCAUAGAAGUACGAGGGAGCAAAUGCGCUCACCUCGGAAGAGUGACUCUGAUGGAGACCGGCUCUCUCUUGCUUCGUGCUCGAGUGACGAUCACGGAGUCUCACCGUAUGACGGACGCAGAGAUCCAGGAACAUCACGAAGCAGUUUCGGCACUGAACUAUUCCCAGUACUGGGCUUGGUCUCUGGCCGAUGUGGAAGUUUUGCAGCCACCGAUUGCGGUGCCGUCCAUCGUCGCCCGCGGCUCCGUGACUUGGAUGCGCCGCGAGCGCUGGGAAGCUUGGGACGCAGGACAACUGGGGGAGCAGACGCUGCCGCAAUAUUUCCAUAGAUCUGGACGGUCGCGAAGCCCACCACCUGCGACUGCGGACGUGGAGAACAUCGACUGA